UUUAUUUUGCUCUCUGUUCAUUGUUCUCUUCAUCUUAAACAGAGAAAGUCCUGCUGAAGUGACUGAGAUCCUCGUGACACACUGAUACUGAACUAGUGUGCUGACUACUGAACUAGGGAGCGGAUGGAGACAUUUCGUAUGGGUUUAUUUUGCUCUCUGAUCAUUGUUCUCUUCAUCUUAAACAGAGAAAGUCCUGCUGAAGAGAUCCUCGUGACACACUGAUAUAAAGAUGGCGUUUAUUAAACAGGAGAGUGAAGACUUCAGGAUUGAAGAAGUGUUCAGUCUGAAACAAGAAGAGACUGAGGAACAAACAGAGCUGCUGGUGCUGAAAGUGGAGAAUCAAUAUCUGAAUGAAAUGGAACAGACAUAUCUGUAUGAGAAACCCCAUGAUUUAAUAACUGGUGAAGCCACACAAACGGCAACUAUACGUAAAAGAGCUCAGAAAACCAAAUCUAACAGCUCUUUCACCUGCCAUCACUGUGGAAGGAGUUUCAAUGUAAAACAAAAACUUCAAACACACAUGAGAGUUCACACUGGAGAGAGACCAUUCACCUGUCAACAGUGUGGAAAGAGCUUUGCUUAUCAAGGAGCCUUUAAAAGGCACACGAGAACUCACACGGGAGAUGCGCAAAAAUCAAACCUUAAAAAGCACAUGAGAACCACUCAGAAAGGAUCUCUUAAUAAUCACAUGAGAACUCACUCAGGAGAGAAGCCUUUCACCGGCCAACAGUGUGGUAAGUCAAACCUUAAAAAGCCACACCUUCAAAGACACAUGAGAUCUCACUCAGGAGUGAAGCCUUUCACCUGUCAGCAUUGUGGAAAGAGUUUUACACAGAAAAGUACCCUUCGUUCCCACAUGAGCAUUCACACUGAAGGGAAACCUUAUACAUGUGAACAGUGUGGAAAGAGUUUAUCUGCAAAUACAAAACCUUAA